GCCAAUUCCAAUAAGUGACUGCCAAGACUGUCUUUGCUGCUCGCUGCGUGCCACAACAUCUCCAUCUCGUUCACGCCAGCAACUGUCGCAGAAUUCUUGCAGCGACCUCCCUAUUUCUUCAUAUACCUGAGCUGGGCUUGUCUCAUCCAUUCCAACUCCCCAGAUAUAUGAUGGCUGCCCCGCCGCCUUGAAAGGCUCGCCUUGUUGGUGUAGCGCCGUUAGCCGUGUCCUAAGAACCACAUCGCCGUUGGGGCUUCGUCGCCCACGGUGGGGGAACUUUAAGGGGCCAUGAGCUAUGAUGCGUGCUCAUUGGGUUUGGCUCUUGUGGCACAAGUCAGGGGGAGCUUAGUCGCGAAAACCCAAGGCGGGAUCGGAAUGGCUUCCGCCGAGCAUCCACUGCCAUCAAAGACGGCAGCAUCACCAACUUUCUCUACCUCGAAUACACAGCCAUCUAUAUACAAAUGGAGAGACAACGACCGCCGGAGCCCGCAACAGCUGUAGCUGGACAACUAGGGAGCACUGCGCGCCUGUUGGAGGAUGAUGACGAUGAGGCCCCUGACGAUGGAGCUGUCCUCGAGAACGAGGGUGGUGGUCUUCCGGCCACCACGGGCGACAUCAGAAAAUCCUCACCUCUAGCCCUGGGUGGCUCUCGCUCACGGAUACCUCUGAAACAAACUGAGUUGCUAUCUGCGCCAACAUUCACUGGCACCAGGCAGGCAAUCCGAACCGCACAAACUCCACCGUCCACCCAGCCCCCUACGCCCAAAGGAGAAAAUACAGCUCUACCUGGCGGUUCGAAGUCACACAGUCCUCAAGCAGCGCGGCACAGGUCCUUGUCUGCCUCAUCGUUACGCAAACCGUCUUCGAUGCCGUCAAUGGUGGGAAUGAAGAUACGUCCAAAGCCGUCAAGUGGCCCCAAGCAAUCCAAAAGCAACAGCCGACUCACAAGUCCUUCAUCAUAUUCGCUGCCAGGGCCACGGAGCUCAACUACGCCAAUAGGGCCAAGAUCUUCCACGACACAACAUGGACGAGGUGCAACACCAUCAAGCAAAGCACCUGUCCCCCCUAGGGCAACAAGUAGUACUGAGACGAGGAGACAAUCGCUCUCUGGCAUACCAGUCGCUCUGGGUUCCCCUAUUGCUUUGCUUUCAUCUGGAGUACUAAAGACCGAACCUCGACCACGCCCCGCUAGCCUUUUGGCUGUACCAUCAUCAGGGCCACGCACGUGGCAAACUGACUCAAAGGUGCCUUCUCCUGCACCCACGCCGACACUCACAAAGGCCGAAAGACUCCCCGCCCAACUCGAGACAAGGGAGGUUGGCUCUGCCUCCACGGUUGGCAACCCAACCAACGGAACUCUACUUCCCACCGGAUCCCCUACUCCCCGUCAACCCGUCAGAGCUUCUGCGACUCAAUCCGCCAUUCCAGCCAGAUCAUCUCCGGUACAGGAUGCCGUAAAAACACAAGAUAAGCAAGGGACAUCGUCAUCAAGGCCUUCCACAAUCCAAGCAACCUCGAGGCAAUUGGGGACUGCGUCAACUGAAACACUUGUUAAUCAAGAAGGAAGCGGUAGGUUGACGAAGCAAACAACUGUGACUGCUCCUGGGGGAGCGCCUGGAGGGAUAUCCGAGAGACUACCAACUCCGACCACACCCAUUAGGCGUUCAUCCACUCAUGAGGUAACAUUGAGGCCAGAAAGGGCAUCUGGGCACUCUGUUUCGACGAGAAUCCUGGCCAAGUCGGCAGCCAGUCACACGACUGCCACGCCUUCUGGAAGGCUUUCUGCAGCCCAAGAAAAUCAAGACACAAGAAUAGCCAAGGAUCCAAACCGUGGGUGCUCGUCUCACUAUCCACUCUUGAGCGCAAAAUCUCGAAGUUUGACAAGGACCCAAGGCAAACAGCUUCAGAUGCAAAUUCCAUCAAGAAAUCACACGGCACAUGCGAGUCUGCCCACCACCCCGGUAUCUGCAACUUCAACUGCUUCGUCAAAGCUUGUUUCACCCUCUACUUCUGCUUCACGCAGGAGUUCGUCCUGCGCCUCGGUAACUCAAGGGGGUUCGAGAGAUUCUGUGAAGCUUUCUCCGACUCCACCAUCCUUGGCAGCCCCCAGCAGGCCCCCUGCAACCCCAGCUGCAAUUCCAACUGUGCCAACACUCCCGCCGACCCCAGCAUCGCCAAAGUGUCCACUGAAGCCCCCAGGCAGUCCUGCUUUAUUUACCGAGGCACUGUUUCAGAGCAUAUCCUCACCUCACUGUGUGGAUGUGAAUCUUAAACACCCAGCUGAGAUUCAAGGACUUUCGACAACACCCAUUAUCUCCCCACCAGAACCCACACCGGCUGUUGAAAAAGAGUCCCAAUCGCGGCAAGGAGAGUCAAGCGCCGGAAAAACGUCGCCGUCGUGCUCAGAGGGGCAUCAAAGUCCAUCAGAUUUGCGAGCGCCUCCGGACACGCCGACCGUUCGAGUCCCUGCCAAUGAUGUGGGAACUGAAGCAGCAGAUAAACCGGCUGUCCCAUUCCAUCCACUUGCAAGUGGUGGACUCUUCAUUUGUGGCAAUGAGCCACGUAUACAGAAGCAAGAAUCUCCGAAACUGCCCAGAUUCGUUGGAUAUGCGCCUCCGGUAAGAAUUCUCCGCUCCCCGGACCGGGCUCCCGUUCCCCUCGAGUACCCUCCUUGGGAUCGGACUGUUGAGGUAACGUGGGAGAGAACGCUCAACAACCCGGCGGAUAAGUUCAUCUUUGAAAAAGAGCUGUCCUUUCAGCAAGGAGUUCUUCGUCUGAGAAGGGAAAGAGCUUCCCGCGACCCCGAUGGCACACACACAUUAAACCAUACAGGACUCCAAAAUGGAAGGUAUUCUCAGCUCAAAGGCCUAGCAAGAUCAAACCGUUGUCUUUACUUCUUAUUGCCCGAUCGAGCCCGCUUUAAGAUUACCAACAUGAUUCUCAACGAUCACAAUACGGGAAACCUCAAUCCAAAGCCUGUUCGCAUGAACCCUCCGCAUUGCUAUGAGCCAAUAUGGCCCCUGAAUCCUCUGGAUGGUCGCAAGCUGUGGACUACAGAAUAUUUGGACUCCUUUGCGUCUGCAAUUUCCCCGCUUUACCCUUACAUGUCAGUCUGCUACGACAUGCGUGUCGACUUUCUCGCCGCCUUCUUCCUUGCUCGGAGAUUUCACGUUGUGUACAGCCCGUUCGUGGCGGAGAAGAAUUGCCCGACAGCGACACUUCUGAUGGACUCCUUCGUUCCUCUGAUGAGAUACAUCACGCUUGAGGUUGACUACACCAAGUUGGGAGGGAAUGUUCAUCCAACUGCUGUCGGUGUGGAUCAAUGGAGAGGACUUCAGAGAGUUCGCCAGUUGGUGUUGAGAUUUGCCGACUUGCAGUGUACCAGGGCCGACGGAGUCAAUAUUGGGAAUUUGUGUUUGAUGGUGCGCAGGUAUUACGGCUUUCGGGAAGGAAUGAAGUGGAAGAAGGGGUCGGCAGAACGAAGAGUCAGGCAUGAUGAGCCAGAGACAGAGGAAGAAUCAUCGGGUUGGUCAGACACCAGUCACGCCAGCGAUGAGACCGCAGAGAACGACGAUGAGGAAUUUGUACCAUAUCAUCCAGAUGCCUAUCUUUGCAUCCUCGACCCACUGAAGACGAUAGGCCACCACAUCGACAGUCUUACCAUAGUAGGCACCACUCGGAGCUAUGCGAACGAGCUGAUAUACGCCGUUUGGGGAAAAGACGAGAUUCCCAGAGGCCCUGGCUGGAAGACACGAAUUGAGAAACACCGCAAGUAUCGCACCGCAGCGACCUUCCCUUUUACGCCUGGUCAGAGGUCAGCCCUGACGCGGUCCGGGAGGCUUCAGAUCACUCGUCACACGCGUGAUCCGCGCUGCUGGGUUGGCUCUUACGGGUGCAGACUGCGACCAGAGGUCAAACUCGCCGAAUCGAAGCUGGUCCCGGGAAAGACUAAGUACGGCUUUCAAUGGAACGAGGAAGUACGACCUGGCCCCCCGGGUGGCGUUUUGACAAUAGUGAAGCUGCCCGCAGAUGAACAUCUGACGAAGGUCGUGAUGAAACCGGCCGAGUCACCCCAACGCUUUACUUCUACCAUUCUAUCCAAAGUCUUCAACCGGACACCAAAGGGCAUUCGGCCCCCGCUAUCUGCACCUUCGUCGCCCGGCCUUAACACCACCCCAAAGUCGACUGUAGCGCCAGCCUCAGGACCGGUAUCGCCGUCUAUUACUAAGCCGAUUCCCCUUUCUCAAAUAACCUAUCUCGGGGAGGAGUCGAAUGAUGAAGGUCGGCAUAGGUUAAGACAGUCGUCACCAAAUUCCGAUGCUCAGCACAUGGAGGAUGGGGAUGACCACCGGAAACGGCAUUUUUGGAAGCCGUCCAAGAUUCCUUUGGGAACUCUGAUCAAGAGGCAUGCCAAGUCAAUCACGAAGAAAAUAUCGAGCAACAAGCUUGGUGAGAUUAAUUCAGAACAUGAUAGUCAUAGUGGUGGUGGGUCUGAAGAUCAAAAGGGGACUUUUGGAAAGUUGAUGAAGAGGGCGAGUAGCAAUAUGCUGAGGAAGGGCUUUUUUGGGAAAAGGGGGAUUCAGACGCAUCGGUAUUAGUUGGAGUUUUAUUGGGCUGUUGUGUAUAUUGCAUGAUUUUCUUUGGGUGUUUAGGACUGAAGAUACAACAUGUGACAUGCAGUCAACCGAGCAGAUGUCAUUUUGGAGAACAAAACAUAGUCAUUAUCAUCGUCGCUGUACUGUGAUUCACAUUAUGUGUCAGGUCAAGAGACAGAAUGUCAUUUGACAGACCAGACACAC